CUGCCGUAAGCUUUGAAAACAGCUGACCACACGGGAUAAUGUGCUGACUGGCGCUAUGGGCAGGCGAUACCCAGGGGCUCACUUUCAUCAAAGCAAUUCAUUGGACUCUGGUGUGGAUACCUUGGCGGGGUUUAUGGCAAGCAACAGCACGACGGACAUUGUGAAUCGGAACGGUCCUGCCACUCCGCCCAACACCCUUCUCCUACGCUCCUCUCACAAUGAACUUCUGAAUGCCGAAAUCAGGCACACGGAAGUCAAGAACAACACCCCUCCAAAAUGCAGGAAAAAAUAUGCUCUGACUAACAUUCAGACAGCCAUGGGCCUUUCCGAUCCUGCUGCCCAGCCCCUUCUGGGCAACAGUUCCUCCAACAUAAAGCUGGUGAAGAAUGGCGAAAACCAGCUUAGGAAAGCGGCAGAACAGGGACAGCAGGAUCCUAAUAAAAACCUGCCUUCUCCAACGACCACUGCAGGUGUAAACAUAACUUCUGAGAAGUUGGAGGGGAAAGAGCCAAACCAGCAGGAUUCCUCAGGCAGUGAGAUAUUGCCCGCCCAGCGCCGGAGAACCAAGAGCUUCCUAAAUUACUAUGCAGAUCUGGAGACGUCAGCGCGGGAUGUUGAUCAGAAUUAUGGGAACAGGCAAGUGGCAGGGGAGGAGAAAUUCUCUUCACAGCCCAACGGUCAGGCAUCGACGCUGAUUGUUAAUGGGGAUACCUUGUCUCGGAAACAAAACAAGGCGGCCAGUCCAGAAGACGGGCAGGCAGCCACCAUAUCAUCAAGUCCGGAGACAAAAAAGGAUCACCCUAAAACGGGGGCCAAGACAGAUUGUGCCCUGCACAGGAUCCAGAACUUGGUGCCGAGCGACGAAGACUCAAGCUGGACGACGUUGUCGCAGGACAGCGCUUCUCCGAGUUCACCUGAUGAAACAGCAGAUAUAUGGAGUGACCAGUCAUUUCAAACAGACCCCGACUUACCACCAGGCUGGAAAAAAAUCAACGAUAUAGCUGGGAUUUAUUACUGGCACAUACCAACAGGAACAACCCAGUGGGAACGUCCCGUGUCAAUACCAGCAGAUCUACAAGGCUCAAGAAAAGGGUCACUUAGUUCUAUCACCCCAUCUCCUACUCCAGAAACUGAGAAACAGCCAUGGAGUGAUUUUGCUGUACUGAAUGGGGGAAAGAUUAAUAGUGACAUUUGGAAGGAUCUUCAUGCGGCCACGGUGAACCCAGAUCCCAGUUUAAAGGAGUUUGAAGGAGCGACAUUGCGCUAUGCCUCUUUGAAGCUCAGAAAUGCCCCACAGUGUGAUGAAGAUGAUUCCUGCAGUAUCAACAGUGAUCCAGAAGCCAAGUGCUUUGCUGUUCGAUCUUUGGGAUGGGUCGAAAUGGCAGAGGAAGAUCUGGCCCCUGGAAAAAGCAGCGUCGCUGUAAACAAUUGUAUCCGGCAGCUCUCCUACUGCAAGAAUGAUAUUCGAGACACAGUUGGCAUUUGGGGAGAGGGAAAAGACAUGUACCUUAUCCUGGAGAAUGACAUGCUAAAUUUGGUUGACCCCAUGGACCACAGCAUCCUUCAUUCUCAGCCCAUUGUAAGCAUCCGCGUCUGGGGCGUAGGUCGUGACAACGGCCGAGACUUUGCUUAUGUAGCGAGAGAUAAAGACACACGGAUUUUGAAAUGCCACGUCUUCCGAUGUGACACACCAGCAAAAGCCAUUGCCACAAGUCUGCACGAAAUCUGUUCUAAGAUUAUGGCUGAACGGAAGAAUGCCAAAGCUGUGGCUUGCAGCUCAUUGCCUGAGCGGACGAAUGCUACCCUAGAUGUGCCCUUGCAAGUAGAUUUCCCAACACCAAAGACCGAGCUGGUGCAGAAGUUCCAUGUGCAGUACUUGGGCAUGCUUCCUGUAGCUAAGCCAGUGGGCAUGGACACCCUGAACAGUGCUAUAGAAAGCCUUAUCGAUUCCUCCAGCAGAGAGGACUGGAUGCCAGUCACCAUGAACGUUGCUGAUGCCACCGUGACAGUCAUCAGUGAAAGAAAUGAAGAGGAAAUCAUAGUGGAAUGUCGUGUACGCUUCUUGUCCUUUAUGGGAGUGGGGAAAGAUGUCCAUACCUUUGCCUUCAUCAUGGAUACUGGGAACCAACGCUUUGAGUGCCAUGUUUUCUGGUGUGAUCCCAAUGCAGGCAAUGUAUCAGAGGCAGUUCAGGCUGCUUGUAUGCUACGGUAUCAGAAAUGCUUGGUCGCCAGACCUCCUUCGCAGAAAGUCCGGCCGCCGCCACCUCCCGCAGACUCAAUGACCAGAAGAGUCACAAGUAACGUAAAACGAGGAGUACUGUCCCUCAUUGACACUUUGAAACAGAAACGCCCUGUUACUGACACGCCAUAGCCACCGCACAGGAAAAACCCAGAUUUCUCAGAACGCCUGAUGGGAAAUGCAG